AUGGCGGUCUUUGUGCAAGGAGCGGUCUUCUUGGCUCUCGUCCUGGCCUUCUCUAUGCAAUGCCCCAUCCCCCCUGAGAUUGGCCGCUGCACAGCCCUGGAAGUCCUGGACCUCUGGUUGAACAAUGUAACCAGCAUUCCUCCGGAGAUUGGUCAGCUGCAAAACCUGAGGGUUCUGAACCUUACCUACAACAAGCUGAAAGGCCCAAUUCCACCCGAGAUUGGUCAGCUUCGCAAGCUGGAGGCGUUACGACUCGGGGUCAACCUUCUGGAAGGCCCCAUACCAGCCUGGAUAGGCAACCUGUCUCGACUUAAGGAACUUGAACUGGGAACCUUGCCACGACUGAAUGGCUCUAUCCCGACGGAGCUGUGUCGCUUGUCAGAGCUUCAAGAACUGGAAUUGUCCUACACAAAGCUGACAGGCCGUCUUCCGGAGUGCCUGGGCACCCUUUCGCAGAUGGCUUCUCUCACCCUCUCCCUCAACGAGAAUCUCCAGGUGGGGGACAGUAUCCAGGCGGUUCUUGGAAGCCUCAGCAAUUUGACUAAGUUGGUAAUGACACAGGCCAACUUAUCGGGCCCCCUGCCUGCUGCUAUCGGCGGUCUAACCAAGCUCCAGACACUGUGGCUACCAAGCAACAAUAUCUCCUCAGUCCCUGGCAACUUGAGGAACCUGGUGCAGCUCCGAAAGGUGGACUUGUCAUACAACGCUCUCUCUGGGGAUGAAGUCCUUCCUACCCUGUGCCAGAUCCCGACUAUCGAUGAUCUGUCCCUCUUCAGUAACAACCUGAGUGGGCCCAUCCCAUCCUGCAUCAAGAACUGGUCCAGAAUGACUUGGCUUUAUCUUGGUAGGAACUCCUUUUCGGGGACGGUGCCGCCAGAGCUAGCCCUCAUUUCCAACAGAAACCUCGGGCCAAACAACCUGUCAGGGCCACUGCCUGUAGAUAUCCUGGUCAAGUUGAAGAAUCUGACUUCAGUAACUUUACUUUGUAACCGGUUCAGUGGGCCUAUUCCCCCUGGGAUUAUGAAUCUUACCGCGCUAUCUUCUUCGUUGGACCUAUUCUCCAAUGAGCUCGAAGGCCCUAUCCCCUUAGAGAUCGGACUGAUGACCAAGUUAUCCACGCUUAACCUGGCUUCCAACAAUAAAAAUACCUCUAACCUAUUCAGCCUCUACCUGAGCUACAACUCUCUGAGCGGGACUAUUCCCCCGGUCUGGUUUGAGGGAGACGGGUUGGGCAGCUUAUAUUUGGACCACAACCGCCUUUCCGGUUCCAUCCCUCCAUAUGUGGGCAAGAUGAAACAACCCGAUUAUACACAAGGGUUUCUGAACUACCUCCUUCUAGACCUGUCUUCCAACCAGUUCAAUGGUAGCAUCCCCACUGAGGUCCAGCAACUGUCCUCGUCAAUGCUUACAUUCAACCUAUCCAACAACGACCUCUCGGGCUCUAUCCGGUUGCCGCCAGCUCUUGUCAACCUGGGGGGGGCCCUCGCAGAUGCUGAUGCUUUCUCGGGAGCGCUGGAUUUGAGCAACAACGGGCCUCUAGCGGUGCUUCCGGGAGCCAACUUCAGCGGGCGCGAUGUGAUCGCGCUUCCCAACCUGACCUUCACGGGGACAGCUCCUUUGGUUGCGCCUGACCUGCGUGUCAUGCAACUAGGGUCGGACAAGAUACGGGCCGGCAAGAAGCUAGACCUCCGGGCGUUGCCGGCUACCUGCCCUUACGUGAGCUACACCCACGGCAAAGUGUCCGACAUCGUAUUUUGGGACGCGUGCUACUCCAGUUCGGGGUGCGUUGUAAACCUGGUGGGUACGGGAUCCAAGCUGAGUGCAGCGACUAGAGAGGAGGUGUGCCUCAACCGGAUCUCGGUGUUCUUGGAGGGGGACGCGCCGGUCGUGGUCUUCCCCUACGGAGCGCCUAAAAACAGCUACCUUGGCAACAGCCGGGGGGCGCAGUACCGCUUCAACGAGAGCAACUUUAUCGACAAGAUCGACCUGGGGCGCGGGGGGUCCGCGUACACCGGCGGCGCGAGCGGAAAGAAGCGAGCGCCGGUGAUUGCGCUGGGUGCCUACUUAUUUAACCUCGGUCGUGGGCUCCUGACGUGGCUCGAUCUGGCGACGGAUGUUGCCGUCAUGGCGUCUAUUUGGGGCGGUUGGUCCGCGUGGUUUCUCCUGGCGUUUAUCGUCGUGCCUUAUGCUCUGAGCGCCGCUUGUGGCGUCCGUGUGUAUCUGGAGACGGGCUCGGCUGAGAUACUCCGCCAGGUGCGUUUCACGUGGGUCUGUUACACCAGGGGGGCUACACCCCAUGACCCCACGCCCCUGAAGAGCUUCCCUACGUGGAAAUACCCCCUCGUGGUCCUUCUUUCCCCAUUGGUGUAA